CGACUACGAGCAUCCGAGUUUUGGUUCUUCAACUUUUCCACAGUACCCAAUGCCAACAAAAUAAAAAAUUAAAAUUGAAAAAAGGCCGCCCGAUUGGCGAAGUUGAAAUCAUCCAUCUCCAUGGACAAAAUACAGCACAGACAGGUACCCGUUAACGGAAUAAACCUGCACGUAGCGGAAAUAGGCGAUGGCCCUGCGAUAUUAUUCCUCCAUGGCUUCCCAGAGCUCUGGUACUCGUGGCGCCACCAGCUGCUCUCACUUUCUGCCAAAGGUUACCGGGCUCUUGCCCCUGACCUCCGCGGCUAUGGGGACUCCGACGCCCCGCCUUCCCCUUCCAACUACACCGCCCUCCACAUCGUCGGGGACCUGGUGGGCCUCCUCGACUCCCUGGGCCUCGACCGGGUCUUCCUAGUGGGCCACGAUUGGGGGGCCGUCAUGGCCUGGUACUUUUGCCUGCUGAGACCUGACAGGAUCAAGGCCCUGGUGAAUAUGAGCGUUGUCUUCACCCCUAGGAACCCCAAGAGGAAGCCCUUAGAGGCUAUGCGCGCUCGUUUCGGGGACGAUUACUACAUCUGCAGAUUUCAGGAACCUGGAGAAGCAGAAGAGGAGUUUGCUCGUGUUGACACUGCAAGGAUAAUAAAGAAGUUCUUAACAUCUCGAAGACCAGGCCCUCUGUGUGUACCUAAAGAGGUAGGAUUUGGAGGCUCACCUCAUAACCCAAUCCAAUUGCCCUCUUGGUUAUCUGAAGAUGAUGUCAAUUACUUCGCCAGCAAGUUCAGCCAGAAGGGCUUCACAGGUGGAUUGAACUACUAUCGAGCUAUGGAUCUAAAUUGGGAGCUCACAGCUCCUUGGACAGGAUUGCAAAUAAAGGUGCCUGUUAAGUUUAUUGUGGGAGAUCUUGACGUGACUUUCACUACCCCGGGUGUGAAGGAAUAUAUCCAGAAGGGUGGAUUUAAAAGAGACGUGCCGUUCUUGCAGGAAUUAGUUGUAAUGGAAGGAGUGGCUCACUUUGUUAACCAGGAAAAGCCAGAGGAAGUUAGUGCCCACAUCUAUGACUUUAUCCAAAAGUUUUAGUACUUUUUCACCAUUCGCAAAUGUCAUUUUACUGCAUCUCCUAGUUGUGAUCUUUUAAAGGUGUCGUGUUUGGAAUAGGAUAUCCUAUGAAUAUCCAUGGGACGGUAGACUGUUCCUGGUCAGGAUAUUGCUUAUUUCCUUCCAAGAAAUAAAGAAGUUCGUAGUUUGUUUUUUUUUGUGUCGAGAAUAUUGUUACUUCAAUAAAAGAUGUGUAAAUAUCUUGAGAAAACU